AUGGAUAGUGAUGCUUGGAAACUCAUACUCAUAGAAAUAUCUCAGGCUCUUGUUUUAAAUGGAUUUAGAGGAAGGUUGAGUCUCAAAAUUGAGGGUGAAGAUUUUGAGACUUUGGUGACUAAAUCAACUCACCAAGACACUGCAACAAGGAUGACUACUACUGUACACAUAUCUUACAACACAAGCAGAUACACAAGGUUGACUGCUAAGAAAUAUUCCCAACUUAUGAAGAGGGAAGCAACCUUAAGGAAUGAUAAAGUUGUUGAUGAAACUGGAAGUAGAGAAAAGAAGGUCAACAAACGGAAGGUGAAAUCAGUUGAAAGAAAUGAGCAACUUGAGGCUAUGGAUGUAGAGCUUGACAUGAAUGAAAUGGAUAAAUCUGGCCAACAUGAGAUUCAUGGCUACCAGGCGCUUCUUCCCUUUGUGUCGACUUUCUUCUGCUCUUUCUCUUCUGUUACAGGGUUCUCUGGCCAAUCGGGAAGUUCACUUGGCCUAAAUUGUUUCAACAGGAACACCUUAAUUGGACCUAAGGCACGUAAAUUUGAGCAGUCUCCAAUGAUGUCAGUUGAGCCCACGGUCGUCGGCGAGGCGAAAUCAGCCAGAGGAGAAGUAACCUAA